AUGUGCACAACGGACCACUACCGCAGCCGCGCCUGCGGCCACCACUGGCUCGCCAUAGCGCGCCCGUGCUACCCGGGGUCCGGGUUCCGGUUCUGCAGAACAUUCGGCGACGGCCACGCGCGCGAGCCUUCAAACUCAUCGGACGGCCACCCGUUCCGCGUCGACGGGCUGUGUCCCGCGUGCGACGAGCGCGAGCUGCGGCGCGGUCCAGGCCGGUUUGUUGGGGGUGGCGGUUACGGUUAUGGUUAUGGCGGGUUUGUUGGUGGAUAUGGGGGUGGCGGUUAUGGCUAUGGUUAUGGUGGUUAUGAUCGCAACCUCGUGCGCAUGGUCGUCGAUAUCCGUGACCGUCGGCGCUGGGGGACCGGGCCCAACACCUCGCACGUGGCCUACGAGCGCAUCUACGAGCCGGCCGAGGACUCGUUCCUGCUCCUGGACACGCUCUCCUCCGCCAGCGAGACGGCCUUCCUGCAGAAGCGCUUCCUGCACUACCCAUCCUCCUCCUCCUUCUCCUCCACAACGAACACCACCACCACAUCAUCAACCCCGCCACCACCGCUAGUAGUAGAGAUCGGGCCCGGUUCCGGCGUAGUAAUAGCCUUCGCCACCGCGCACGCGCAACCCAUCUUCGGCACGCGCCAUGUCCUCACAGCCGCCAUCGACAUCAAUCUUCACGCGUGCCGCGCGACCGAGACAACGGUUAUUAAGGCGUGCGCCGCGCACCCGUCCACGCACGGCCUCGGGUUCCUCGGCGCGCUGCAGGGGGACCUGACGACACCGCUCCGAAAUGGCGCCGUCGAUGUGCUGGUUUUUAACCCUCCUUAUGUCCCUACGGCCGAGCUGCCGGAGAUGAGGGGGGUGGAGGUGGAGGGAGGGAUAGGCAUGGGGAUGGAGGGCGGAGGGGUGGAGGGGAUGAAGACGACGUUUGAGGAGGACUCCCGCCUGCUGGCGCUGUCGUACGCGGGUGGGCGCGAUGGCAUGGAGACGACGGAGCGGCUGAUCGCGAGCCUGCCGCGCGUGCUGUCCGCGCGGGGGUGCGCGUACGUGCUGCUGUGCGCGCAGAACAAGCCGGAGGAGGUCAAGGAGCGGAUUCGCGGGUUCGGCGAGGGCUGGUGCGUCGAGACGGUGCGGGAUAGCGGGAAGCAGGCCGGCUGGGAGAAAUUGCAGAUCAUCAGGAUCUGGAGGGAGUAA